AAGGAAAGGAAAACAUGGCGGAAUCCACGAAGGGUCCAACGCUGGGAGAUUCUUGUACUGAAGGCAAAAACCCACGCUGUGCUUCCAAACAACUUUACGACCAGAAGCGCAGUAAAACAAGAAUCAACAUUGGAAGCGCUUUCCCAAGAUGGCGAGAAUUAUUGCUGAAGAAGAGGAUGAAGUUAGACGCGGAAUUGGCAACGUUCCUCUUGGACAGGUGACUGAGCGUUCGCCGUGUAGUGAUGCUCACAGGACGUCAUCCGACAGCAUACCUGUGACUGUAGACCAGGAACACCUGACUGAGUCACCAAAUCCCACGAGUGAGGACAACACUCGGGCUGCUGAGAAUUCCAUCUCGGUGAGAAAGGAACAUGACGAGAAUGUGAGGGAGGAUGAGCUGAGUCUCCUGAUGGAAACGCAUGAGGACAGUGAUGAGGAAGAGGGUUCAAAUCUUGCACUGAUAAGCGAUAAGCCUGCUAACGCAACUUACCCCGAGUCUUCUGAAACACUGACAGCUGACGAGGAACUGUUUAUUGAGGAGUACAGUUCUGAAGAGGUUGUUGGGAAAGAAAGUGACAAGUCCUCUCAAAACAGACAUGGAGAAGAUUUUGACGUGUACCUGCAGAGCUUCUCAGACAAUCCCAAUGUGAGUGCAGAUGAGGACAGAAGUGAAGAGCUCGCUGAGAAAGGGAGCGACAAGUUCUCUAAAAAGAGACCAGAAGAGGAUUCAGAGGAGUACCUGCCGAGCUCCUCGGAUGAGGCCUUGGAGAGCUGUGAUGAAGAAACGUCUGACGAGGAGUUUACCAAGAAACCAUUUCAGAACACUAUUAAGCCAGUAAUUUGGUGUAUAGACUGUGAAGCUGUAGCUAAAAUGGUAUACUCAAUACAGCGGCACGAGAAGAACUAUUGCUGUGCGGAGUGUGUCUCUGGCGAGACUGUCGAGAUCCUCAGUUUAUAGGACUACACCGUUCGUUUUAGUGACAUCCGGAGUUUUCAUCUGCAUGCCGUGGCUGAGCAUUGUGGCAUGGAAAACCUUUACGAACGCAAGAUCUGUCAGGACUGUAAUAAAACUAUCAGGGUGGAGACGGACCCCAACAAGAAGGGCCAUGUGUGCGAGUACAAGAUCAGACCGUUUUCCUGUGACGUGUCACAAGCGCUUCUUCACAGAAAUUGGACAAAAAGUGCACUACCGUCGCUUGCACGGAGAUUACCAGCACGCCUGCAAGUACUGCAUGAUGGUGUUUGAUACAAAACAGUCCAAGCUAGUGCAUGAGCAGAGUCACAAAGAAGACGGGCUGCUCUAUACGUGUCCGGACUGUCCAGAAAAGUUUCAAGAUUUCGUUACACGCAAUAAGCAUUUAAACACCCACUGAGGUAAAAAGAAAUACGUCUGCAGCACAUGUAAUAGGAAAUUUACCAGGCUUCAAAGUUAUGAGAGACACGUGCGCAUGCACUCAGGGGAGAAACCUUACAAUUGUGAGCUGUGCAAGCGUUCCUUCAGCCAGGACGGACAGUUGAAGUCCCACAUGCGUCUCCACAGAGGGGAGAAACCCUUCCUGUGUGAGCAUUGCAGAGAGACUUUUAAUCACAUCAGCCUGAAGAACCAUCGGCGGAGACAACAUGACAUCGACUCUAGUUGUGUGCCAGCAGAGGAGAACAAACAGAUCGGUAGACCCAUAAGGAAUGAAGAUCAGCCUAGAAGGCAAAGAAAAACGCGCUCUACUGCUGAUGCUGACAUGGAGAGCUGUGAGUCCGGCUCUAAUGAAGAGCAGCAGAAAAGAUCUCAGAAGAGGAAACCCUGGAGGAAGAAAUGAGGAAAAAAAUAAUGUACAAGCAGAGAACUGACUUGGAGCUGAGCUCGGUAUAGCUGCAAAGACAGAAGUGUACUUUUGCACAUGCAGGAUCUCUUCAUUGACCUGAGAUGCAAAAAAUCAGAUGGUGUCAGAGACCACAUGAUUUUAUUAUUGCUUAUACGCUCGAGCGGAAACCACCAGAGUUACUCAAAAUUAAAAUGGUUACUAGCUAAGAGUUUGCUUACACGGUGUUUCCGCUAUAGGUCAAUGUUGGUUUUAAUAUGUGCGGUUGUGUAAUGUUGAAAAUCCAGUUAUAGUUGUUCCAGAAUAGUUCUUCAGUCUUACCAAAAGUGCCUUACAUUCCUACCAUGACUGCAAAACAGCAUUAAACGUAAAGGGUUUAUUUUCUAUUUUAGAAAACAAAGCUGGCUGCAACUACAGAGCAAUGCUGCUGUAUGUAACAGACGUCGUACAACCGAUAAGAAGUGCACGUUAUUAUAUAAGUGCUUGUUUUUAAGGUUUGAGGAAAGAGAAUUAUAUAAGUUGAUAUCUUUUGAAAUAAAUACUUGUUACGAAAAUGACUGUUUCCUCUAUACUAAAAUGCAAAAGCAUUUAAAAAAAAUUGUUUAUGGGUAUAUAACAAGCUAGACAUGUGUUUGAGAUUUCCGUAUUUGUACAAUGUACCAAUUACUAUAAUUACAUUUACUAUUACUACUACCUGCUAGUUAGGAGUAGGAAAUGUGAACAGUCCUGGAACAAUGGAAAAACUGCUAUGGCACUUUUUAUGCACGUACAGAAAGGAUUCUCCGUCUAUGUUGAUUGUAGGUACAGAAGAAGAUGCCAUAAAGAAGCUAUAGAGAAGACGACACAUUUAGGAGAGAUUAUCAUCAAAUUUAAUGGUAUUUAUUAUUAUUAUUGUGUUGGAGGUAGAACUAGUUACCCACCGUUAUCAAAAUUAUUAUUGAGUUCUAAUGGUUAUUAGCCUGUUUGACUUUUCGCUUAAAUUAAAUGGCUUUAAUCUAGUCUACAACCCCAAUUCCAAAAAAGUUGGGAUGCUGUGUAAAUGCAAAUAAAAACAGAAUGCAAUGA